UGUCCAGUGAGCCCAGACACACACGGCCGGGGGAGUGGCGGCAGCAUGUUCUCGGGCUCCAGGACCUCGUCGCCCAACUCGGCCGCCGCAUCCUCGGCGUGCCAGGAGCGGCAGAUGGAGGUUGUGGCGAGCGAAGCGGACGGCAAGGAGCUGCAGGAUGGCAUGCAGGAGGGCAAGGACCAGAUCAAGGACCUGAACGAGCGCUUCGCCAAGUACAUCAACAACACGGUGCUGAACCUGCAGCGCAAGAACAAGGAGCUGCUGGCCGAGGUGAAGAAGCUGGAGCGGGAGGAGUUCAACGCGGCGGAGAGGGCCUACCAGAAGGAGUACCAGGACUUCCAGGCGCGGGUGGAUGAGGCGCAGAACGAGCUGGUGCUGCUGAAGCUGGAGAAGGACAAGCUGAAGGCGCGGCUGGAGAAGGAGUGCCAGCUCAAGCGCGAGUUCGACCGCGACUUCCAAGAGCUGAAGAAGAAGUACGAGGACUCGGGCAGCGGCCUGGACAAGCUGCAGUGCCAGUACAAGCUGCUGGAGGCGCAGCUGGCGCAGCUGAAGCUGGUGCGGGACCAGGAGCGCAUCUACUGGCAGCAGAAGCUGGACAACCUGCAGAACGUGGAGCAGGCGGAGUGCACGGCGCUCGACCUGGAGCAGGGGCUGCGCAACAUGCGCCAGGAGUACGAGCAGGCUGCCCGGCGCCACAAGGAGGAGCUGGCCCGCUACCGGCACAGGUUCGAGGAGAACAGUGUGCCGCUGCAGAAGGUCAAGAAGGAGACCGAGUGCUACCGCAACGCCGUUACCGACCUGCGGCUGCGGGACGAGAUGCACAAGAACCACCUGCAGGAGAAGGAGCGGGAGAUCGGCCGGAUCCGGGAGUAUAACAAGGCGCUGGAGAAGAAGAUCGAGGCGCACACGGCCGACUUCCAGGCCCUGCUGUCGGUGAAAAAUGCGCUGGAGCAGGAGCUGGCCGGCUACAAAAGUCUGCUCAACCAGGUGGAGAAGAAGUCCAGGGACUACGCCAACCCUGCCUGUCUAACCACUUCUCCUGCCAGUCUAUCCAGUUCUCCUGCCAAAGCAGCCGAAGACGUCAAUAAGAUGUGGUGUUAGUGUACCCACAGUUUACUUUGAGCUUUAUACAUGUUUAAACGACCCUCUAAUUAGCUGACAACUAUCGGAGUAUUUAUUUUGUGGUUUUUAUGCUUAUCUGCUGUUUAUCUUUGGAAAUACAUCGUAACCUCUUACAUUUAAGCACCUUUUAUAAAACAGUAAGAAUCCAUUAUAACGUCCCCUUUAAAGAUGUACAAAAUUUUAGAACGUCAGCGUGGGGCCCCUUUCUGAAUUAUUUUCAAAACUUUCAAAACCCUCAGUUCGUUGUUUAAAUUUAGAUAUUGCCUGUUAUUAUUUUUUUAUUAUACGAGAAGGUAUUUUACCUUUUUUUUCUCCUUAAUAAAUAGCUUCUGUCUUGGGAGGGGUUAAACUUUUUUUUGUAAUAAAUUAGUAUAUUUCUAAAUAACUUUGACUAACUUACAUGAAUAUGGGGUAAUUAGAUUGUUAUUAUGAGUGGAUAUAAUGUAAUUGGUAGUUGUUUUUUUUUUUGACCUUUAUAUAUACUUUCUUGUACUCUUCUAUGUAGAAACUAAUAAAAAUAUUGAAAGAGAAUGUCAGCUGUG